CAGUACGUCAUGUUUUCUCACCGCUGGAGUACAGGCGAGCCAUCACUGCGCGAUGUCGAGGGCCACCCGAUAUAUGGCAUGUCAACAGUCGGGGGCCUUGGAAAGCUCCAAGCCUUUUGUCUUGUUGCCUGCGAGCGGGGUUACCUGUGGGCAUGGAGCGACACUUGCUGCAUAGACAGAGAUAGUAGCGCCGAGUUGCAAGAGGCUAUAGGGUCGAUGUUCGCGUGGUACCGACAGUCUUCCCUGACUAUCGUGUACCUCUCUGAUAUUCCGGAUACCGGUUCAUUCGCGAACAGCGAGUGGUUUCGACGUGGGUGGACCUUGCAAGAACUACUGGCUUCCCGAAACAUAUUAUUCUAUACUCAAGCCUGGUCACUUUAUAAGAACGUCACGUCUUCGAACCAUAAAGCUGAUAUCGCCGUGUUGGAAGAGCUGGAAAGAGCAACCGGAAUAGAGUCCCGGUUCCUCACCAAUUUUUCUCCAGGUAUGGAUGAUGCACGUUCGAGACUCCAAUGGGCCUCAUUGCGUGCUACCACCCGGCCUGAAGAUAUUGCCUACUCACUGUUCGGGAUCUUUAAUCUCCACCUGCCCGUUCUGUAUGGCGAAUCUGCUGAGAACGCGCUUGGCCGCCUCCUCUCCGAAAUCAUUUCGCAGUCUGGGGAUAUCUCGGUUCUGGAUUGG